AUGCGAGAGACAGUCCAGUCCCAGCCCCGGAACCAGUCCCAGCCCCGGAACCAGUCCCUGCCCCAGAACCGGUCCCAGCCCCAGAACCAGGCUCUGGACGUCUUUAUUGACAGGAGGAUGGAGCCGAGAGGCAGGUUUGCAGAAAGAAAAGACAUCUCACAGCAGCAUGCGCGAGGCGGACUCGGCUGCGGACCGGUCUUUCCUUUUCCCCGAGUCCCACUUCCCAGAGCAGAGCGGGAGCUGUCCGUGGUGCUGGAGCGAGGGGCCAGCGGUGACUCGGCAAAGGGCCCGCUCUGA